AUGUUCCGAAGGCGUCGAUCCAAAAGUGUGGCGUCAGCGGAUGGAAGAAGAGGCUAUGAAUCCGUCAAACUUCCUGCGUUCGUUCGUUCAAUCAUCAUGGCCGAAGUCAAGAAAUACACGAGCAUCAUAUUCCCGAUUCCAUUAUUCAAACUGUUGUCGAUUAAAAAUCGCGGAUUGACGGACCAAAUAUGCCCGAAGACCUGGCUGUUGCCACAACAGCUCAAGCUCCUGGCUAAGCAGCAGCAAGAGUCGGGCUCCUCCUCGCGAUCCCACGAAUUCAAUCCAAUCGAGACGAUCGGCGAUUCGACUGUUUGGCACUUUGCCAAAUAUAUCAACAUCCCAUACCGCUCGCAGCUCACUGAGCGCAUCGAGCCCGGACAAACUCUCAUCAUCCGCGGAUCGACGAUCGAAGAAAGCAAGAGGUUCAACAUCAAUCUCCACAAAGAUUCGCCGGAUUUCUCCGGCAACGAUGUGCCGCUUCACGUCUCGGUUCGCUUCGAUGAGGGAAAGUUGGUGUUCAACGCGUUCACCAAAGGCGCUUGGGGCAAGGAAGAGCGUCAGAAGAAUCCGAUCAAAAAGGGCGACUCGUUCGACAUCCGCAUCCGCGCUCACGACAGCAAGUUCACCAUCAGCAUCAAUCGCAAGGAAGUCAAGAGCUUCGAGCACCGCAUCCCGUUGCAGUCGGUGUCGCAUUUGUCGAUUGACGGAGACGUCAUCUUGAAUCACGUCCAAUGGGGCGGAAAAUACUAUCCGGUGCCGUAUGAGAGCGGAAUUGCCGCCGAUGGUUUGAUUCCGGGCAAGACCCUCGUUAUUUAUGGAACACCGGAAAAGAAGGCCAAAAAGUUCAACAUCAACUUGUUGAAGAAAAACGGAGACAUCGCUCUUCACUUCAAUCCGCGCUUUGACGAGAAGAAGGAUUACGAUCCUUUUAUUGAUUCCUGCGAGUCGGUUGUUCGCAACUCGCUCAUCAACGGCGAAUGGGGAAAUGAGGAGCGUGAGGGCAAGAAUCCGUUCGAAAGAAGCAUUGGUUUCGACUUGGAGAUUCGCAAUGAGGAAUUCGCGUUCCAGAUCUACGUGAACGGCGAGCGUUUCGCCUCGUAUGCUCAUCGCGUCGACCCGCACGACAUCGCCGGACUUCAAAUUCAAGGCGACAUCGAAUUGACCGGAAUUCAGGUCGUUCCAAACGCGCCGACCGCCUAA